CAUGGGCCUCUGUAUACGACAUUACCCAAUCACUCAACGCCACUAGUAGAUCCUUAACCCAUUCCUUCUUAUCACUGCCCAUCUACAGUCCAGGAUCUCAGGUGGUCCCGACCACUCGGUAAACCCGAGGGCCACAUCCCGCGCUUGCGUGGCGUUUCAUCUCCCCCAUUCAGGAGAUUCCAGACAUAUAGCCAUGUGAUGAUCGAGUGGAGUGGGUGUGGGGUAAAAAUCUGGGGAAGGACUGCAACUGCCGAAAUGCCGAUAUAUGAACCGCUUGAUGCCUAGUUAAAGGACUUGGCAUCGUAUGAUGUUCUCAUUCCUGGUCAAAGUGAAUACUGAGCCAGUGUGCGAAUUUCCGGAUUUCCGAGACAAGAUGACCACAAAGGUGGAUCCAAGGCUCUUCCCCCGUCGAGUCCGAUAUGCAGCCCUUCUGACUGUCAAUAUCUUUGUCUUCUUGGGGAAUAUGUACUCGUCAGGAAUAGCCACCGGCUUCGAUUCCCUUGCCGCUGACCUCCAUGUGGGCUACCAAAACCUUUCCGACUUGAUCUCCUGGUCUGUCUUGUCCAUGGGUCUUGCGAAUCUCUUCUGGAUGCCGCUGGCCCUGUGCUUCGGGAAGCGCCCGAUCGUACUUGUUUCCAUGGCCAUGUUUGUUGCAGGGACAAUCUGGACCGUUGUCGCAAAGGACUAUAAUAGCUUGCUGGGGGCGAGGGUCUUUGCUAGCUUUGGAUAUGGAUCGAUCGAGUCAUUGGGCCCGAGUAUUCUUGCUGAUAUGUUCUAUGAACGCAACUACUCCAGUGCAAUGGCGCUUUAUGCGCUUUUCCUCUCUGCCGGCUCCCAAGUCGGUCCCCUUAUCGCCGGUUACCUUGUGGCUGCCCGUGGCUGGCGCUGGUUCUUCAUAUUGUGUCUCAUCGUUGCAGCCGUUAACCUCGUGACCACCUUCUUCUUUCUACCGGAGACACUCUACAAACCUAGUGCAGAGGAUCAAUUGGAGGUCGAAGAUAAAGAAAAGCAUGACAUCUUUCAAAGCCACAUCGAGGCUGUCGCGGAGGCCAGCGCAGGCCGGCAGCCGCAACAAGAACGGUUCUCCUACGGUGAUCAUUGGAAGGGCUUGUUUAAAGUUGGUUUGUCAGAUGCAGCAAAGGAAAAGGGCCUUUUCAAGCAUCUGGCUCAUAUGUUCUGGCUGCCAUUGCCAAUGCUUCUGGUACCCGGUGUACUGUUGGCUUCAAUGAUGUACGGGGUUGUGCUAGGGGCAGUGGUAUCCAUCUCCACCCUCUCCGCCGACCUCUUCUCUCCUCCUCCAUACAACUUCUCCUCUGCCGCUCUCGGUCUCUUCGCACUCGGCAGCUUCGUGGGCAUUCUCGUCGUUUGGCCCAUCGCCGGUCCUCUAACUGAUGGUCUUUCCAACUAUCUCCGCACACGCAACAACGGUGUUCACAAGCCCGAGCAUCGAAUUCCCGCCCUUAUUGUCCCUUUUCUCAUUUCGCCAGUCGGACUGGUCGUUUUCGGAUACACUGUCUCCCGCCAGAUGCAGUAUGUUGCACCGGCCGCAGGCUCGGCCAUGUCUGCAGCAGGUUUGACAAUAGUCCCUUCAGUGAUGCUGUCGUACAUCGUUGAUUCAUAUCCGCACACCAGCGCUGAGGCCUUAGUCUUAGUAAACACCAGCAAGAAUGUGGUUGCGUUCGGGUUGAGCAAGGGAUCGGUAGACUGGAUGACCAAUCAAGGAGUCGACAAGAUGUUCUAUGAGUUCGCUGGGAUCCAAUGGGCGGUCUUGGCUUUGGGAGUACCGCUAUACUUUGUUGGACCGUGGAUCAGGAAAAGGACUUCAAAAUACUUUUAG